GAGGUUUGAAGGGUUAAAUUGCAAAAGAUACAACAUAAAAGUGAGAUAGAGUGCAUAAUAUUAAUAUUAUUAGAGUAAUACAUUUAUCUUGAAAGUUGAGAAAAAUGGUGCAGAAGUACAAUGAUGAUGAGGAGAUUCAACGACCUCAAUCUCUAUCAGGGGCGAACUCUGGUGCUUUCGAAGCUGACGGUACAACGGCAAUGUACUACAACAAAAGAGAUGCAUCGCUGAAGAGUGAGAAGUUCACGGUGUUGUUGGAACUAACGGGAACAGAAGGUGAUGAAAGUGAUGAGAGACCAGGGUUGGACAUUGUGAUAGUGCUUGAUGUUAGUGGUAGUAUGAGAGGAAAGAAUUUAGAACAAUUGAAAAUAGCAAGCAAAUUCUUAAUUAAAAAACUUAGUGCAGUUGAUCGUCUUUCUGUUGUCAUAUUCUCUAGCCAUGCUCAAAGGUUGUGCCCAUUGAGCUUAAUGAAUCAAGAUGCUCAAUCCCACGUAGAGGGCCUUAUUCAUGAACUUAAGGCUGGCGGUGGUACUAACAUCACCGCUGGUCUCGAGGAGGCUAUCAAAGUGCUUAAUGAUCGGAGAUUUACCGACGGACGUGAGGUUGCCAUCAUGUUUAUGUCUGAUGGUAACCCUUCUAAAGGCUAUGAUGGCAGCAAAGUUACAUUCGGUGAUGUGCCUGUACACACCUUUGGUUUGGGACAAGACUACCACCCUCAGGUGCUAACGGACAUUGCAGCGAGAAGCAACGGAGGAACAUUUAAUACUUCAGAUGUGGACAACCCGAAAACGAGCAACUUGAGCAUUGCAUUUGCCCAAUGUUUAGCUGGUCUACUUAGUGUGGUGGUUAAAGAUUUAACUUUGAUAAUCACAAAACAAAAAUCAACAAUACAGAAGGUGUCUGUUGGUAAUUAUCCACAGACAAGAGAUGAUACUGAAGGCACUGCAACUGUUUCAUUUGGCAAUCUCUAUAGUAGAGAGACCCGUAAUGUGCUGGUGAAUCUUGUUCUUGAUGAGGUCAAAUCUCCCAAGGGAACUGAUAUUCUGGAAUUCACAUACACUUACAAAAGAGUUAUUGGUGACAGAGAGUAUGAUGUUGCUCCGGUGACGAUUACUGUAAGUCGUACUGAAACACCUUCAGGACAGGAGAUUCCAGAAGUGCUAAACGAGAUAGCACGUCAAGACACAGCAGAGAAGAUGAAAGAUGCAAGGAAAUUGGCUGACAGAAAGCUGUUUGAUGAUGCUAAGGGUAAGCUUAAUGAAGCCAGGCAAGACCUUGAACGUAAGGAGCUAAACCAAUCAGACCCAUUGAUUAAAGGACUGUUAGCUGAAGUGAAACAGUUGACAGAGUUAAUGGCAACACCAGAGAUUUACGAGAAGCUAGGACGUGCUUUUGCUUUUGCAUCUGAGCUUUCACACGCACUGCAGCGUGCCUCGGCUAGAGGUGAUGUCAGUGAGCUAAGAUUGUUUGCGACUAAGGCUAUGGACCAGUUACUUUCUCAAGUUAAAAACUAUGAAAAGAAUCCUAAUAUGCCAGUGCCAACAACUGCUGAUGAUAAGAAGACCCGAAUUGCAGAAGAGAAAGCCAAUCCUACAAUCAAGAAGCCAGCUCCUAAACCUAAGGAGACUACUGUUGCGGAUAUUGCUCAAGUUCUAAGCACUCAUCUUGCGGAUGCUAUUAAGUCACUUACUGCAAUCAAGGAACUCAUCGAUAAAAGUCAUUAAUUAAUGACCCAAAAUCAGUGGACUAAGUGACAUAUAUUAAUUAAUUUCCUAAAUAAAAGUAGCAUCUUAGGACUACUUAUAAGAUACAACAAGUAUUAGUAUUAGUAUUAGUAUUAGUAUUAGUAUUAGUAUGCAUUUCCUGUUUUUCGUUUUAUGUUGUUUAAUUAUCUAUCUGUAAGCCUGUUUUAAUUACUAGUUUGUUAUUUGAUUUGAAUAUUAUGAAAAUGCAGAACACUUUCUCUGCAAAA